AGGGAAUGGGCUUUGGAGGCGGGCAGGGAAGGCUUUUCUCUGACUCUGCAGGGAUACGAGAUGCGGGCAGAGCAAUUCUUUAACAUUUGCUAUUGCUUAACCUUUCAUAUUUAGCAUUUUUAUUAUCCCUGUUGUGCCAGGACAGGGAAGAGCGGGGUGUGCAGCCUGUGCUCAUCACCUGCAGCUGUCCUGCAUCCCGCAGCCAGCCCAGUUUUGUGAUGCCUGAGCAGGAUCUGACACAAGAAGGCAAACAGAGAAGCACUGGGUCCUCCUCCCUUCCUCUUUCCCUUCCCCUUCCCUUCCUCUUCCCUUUCCCAUCCCUCCCACGCUGCUGUCUGGGGGCUGUGACCCCUCCCCAUUGCUCAGCACCCAUUCCAAUGAGCAGUGGCUGAUGGUGACGUUUACAAACUUUUGGCAUCCCUCUGGUUUCCACCCCCAUUUUGUUUCACCAGCCUUUUUCUAUCUGUUCUUAUCAGCAGAUCAUUCUUCUUAUUAGAUCUGUCUUUUUCCAGCGACAGUUUUGCGUUUUCAGCUUGGUUUUAUCACCUGACAUAAAGCCUUUUGUCCCCAUUUGAUGAUAUUCACGCACAUAAAUCCCUAAAGCAGGAAAUAAUGCAGUCUUGGCCCUUCCUAAACCCAUUUAGGUUUAGAUUUUUUGCAGCAGCCAAGACAUGCUUCCAGAGCCAGGAAUAACACAUCUUGAAGUGCCAACGUGCCUUAAAAUCCAGAAAAUUGCCCCAACAUAGGCAUGACUCAUCAAGCACCGUAGUGGGAAUGAUUUGCUUGGGUGACCCCGUAGGUAAGGAGCCAUUUGUUGGACACCAACCACGUCGUUUUUCACAGCCCUGUGAGCGCAGCAUCUUGAAUUUCAUUCCAGACGUUCCGAAUUUGGAGACCUCAAAUGGCAAAGGUGAAAUGGGCGUCAGCUCUCCGGAAUGAAGGAAUCUCUCCCAGGGUUUUCUGCUGGAUCACAGCAGGAGGAUUUGCUUUCCUGAAGCAUUGAGUGACGUGAAGAACCCAAAUCGGAGCCAGCGGCCACAUUCUUUCAAGGGAAAACCCUUUGGGUGCCCCUACGGUUCCCUUUCUAUCACCAUAACAAACCCCUUCUCCAUCCACUCAUCCCCUUUUGGGUUCGGAGGUUGACAGAUCCCUUCUGAAAUUCUCAUAUUGCACACAUGCCCUUCUUUCUUUACCUCUGAGGCAGCAAAGAUCCCACAGUGACUUAAUUCGGAGUGAGAUCAACAAUCUUAGACAUCCUAUAUUAACUUCACAUUGUUUCAUGUUGAUCAGCAGCAAAAAAAUAAAAUAAAGGAAUAGGAGUUUAUCUGUGGGAAUGCUCUGCAUUUUCACGCUUGGCUGAUUGAAGGAAGCUGGGAGGAAAUGUUGUGAAAUAAUCCCAAAUGAUGAGAAAUUGUGGGUAGGGGAGGGGGUGCCCUCUGUCCUGAUGAGCAGCAGGGACAAAGUAGAAAGGAAUAGGCAUGAGCUCAUUUCAUAUCUCUUUAUUUUAGGGCAUUGCUAACCAAUGCUGUCACAUUAUUUGGGGCCAGGAGUGGCUGCUGCCCCAUUGGUGCCCAGAAACCAAUGCUGCCCCAUUUGGGAUUGGGGUCUGCUCUCAGACCGCGUCCUCCAACCAACCCAUGGCUGAUAGCAGAGGGGCGACCAGCUCAACCCUCCAUUCCUACCCUUCUCUGCAGAAACCUGUUCCUGUCUAUAUAGGGAUCCCCAUCCCUCCUUCCAUCCUCGGCAUUUAGGUAGGCUAUAAUUAGGCUCUGGGAACGUCCCCCUGCUGUCAGCACAGCUGUCGUGCCUGCAAUGAUCCUUCCAGCUCUCUGCGGUCACGCAAAGCCUCCAGCAAUCCUAAAUACCCAUUUCCUGCCCUCCUGGGACAAACUGGGAGCUGCCAAAAAAUCUCCAGCCCCCCACGGACGUGACCAUCACAGCACCAAGGAGCAAAGCAAGCGCAACGUGAUUACGGUGCAGGUCGGGGUGGACAUUUGGAAGUGGUUCUGACUGGGAAGAGGACGUGAUGAUGGCAUCAGGGAAGAGGAACGCGGAUCUUGAAGAAUGGGACGCAAAAAUCAGGAAGCUAACAGAAGAUUUUGAAGAGAGUGACACAGAGCUCGAGGAAUGUGACACAGAAGAUGGGGAACUCACGGCUGAGAUUGACAAUCUGACUGCAGAGCUCGAGGAACGUGAUAGGAAAAUCAGAAAGCUCACAUCAGACCUUGGUGACGUUGACACAAAGCUCAAGGAACGCGAUAGGAAAAUCACCAAACUCUCAGCAGAAACACGCAGACUGACUGCACUGCUGGGGGACCGUGACUCAAAGCUCCGCAAACUGACGACAGAACUCGCUAAGUGCGAUGCAACGAUCAGACUAUUUACAGUGGAACUUGGAGAGCGUCACACCAAAAUAGGGGAACUCAGUGCAGAAGUUGGGGACUACAAUAGGAAACUUCGGAAACAUGCAGCAGAACUCGAGGAACGCGAUGUGAAAAUCAGGGAACACGAAGCAGAGAUAAGGCGCCUCACUGAGCUGCUUGAGGACCGUGAUUCCAAUGCCCGAGAACAGGACAUCCUCAUUAGGAAACUGUCAGAAGAGCUCGAGGAAUUAAGGGGUCGGGAAGUUGAGGAGAGUGAUCCAAAGAGGGAAGAACAUGAUGCCAAAAUUGUUGAACUCUCCGCAGAAGUUGAAAAACAAGAGAGAAGAAUUGAUGAACUCACUGCAGAGCUCGAGCACUACAAAGCAAAAGCAAGAAGAUGUUUUGAGAAACACAGAAGAAGUGAAGAAAAGUUGGUAAACGUGACUCUGGACCCAGAGACGGCCCACCCUCGCCUCAUCCUCUCCGAGGACCAGAAGAGCGUCCGAUGGGAAUACAGCCUGCAGGAAUCCCCCGACGGCCCCGAGCGCUUCGACGCCGAUCCCUGCGUGCUGGGUUGUGAAACCUUCACCUCUGGGAGGCACUGCUGGGUGGUGGAUCUCACAGAAGGGCAGUACUGCGCCGUUGGGGUCAGCAGGGAAUCCAUUCCGAGGAAAGGAGCCAUCAGCUUUAACCCUGAUGAAGGGAUCUGGGCUGUGCAGCAAUGGGGGUUCAAGAACAGAGCCCUCACCUCCCCUCCGACCCCACUGAACCUCCCAAGGGUUCCCAAAAAGAUCCGCAUCUCUCUGGACUACGAAUGGGGUGAGGUGGCGUUUUUUGAUGCGGAGAACCAAAUCCCCAUCUUCACUUUUCCUCUGACCUCCUUCGGUGGGGAGCGGCUCCGGCCGUGGUUCUGGGUGGAGCUGGGCUCCCUCUCACUGCCCCGAUAACCCCAGAAUCCCAAAGAGGUGCCUUACAGCAGCUCUUUGAGACCAGGGUGGAAAAACUCUCAGGAAAAAGCAGCAUCAAAACCUCAUUCUCCCCCUUCCCAAUCAACCAUCGUCAUGCAAAGGAAAGGAAAUUCAUCCUCAACAUCAUCAACAUCCUCUGUGCGUCAUGUCUGGUGGUCCCCAUUGAUGUAUGGUGUGGCUCCUGUUGGUGUCUGGUACCCCCUAUUGACAUGAGGUGGCCCCGAUUGACAUAAGGUGGCCUCCAUUGACAUGAGUUGGCCCCCAUUGACGUAUGGUGCCCCCCCAUUGAUGUGAGGUGGCUCCCAUUGACAUAUGGGGUGGCUCCUGUUGAUGUCUGGUGCCCCCUAUUGACAUGAGGUGGCCCUGAUUGACAUGAGGUGGCUCCCAUUGAUGUAUGGUGUGGCUCCUGUUGGUGUCUGGUGCUCCCCCAUGGAGGUGAGGUGGCCCCCAUUGACAUGAAGUGACCCCCAUUAACAUAUGGUGGCCCCCAUUGACGUGAGGUGGUUCCCACUGAUGUAUGGGGUGGCUCCUGUUGGUGUCUGGUGGCCCCCCAUUGACAUGAGGUGGCCCCCAUUGACGUAUGGUGACCCCCACUGACGUAUGGAGACUCUAUGACCAGACCCUACCCUGGAUCCAAUGCCUCCUGAUUGCAGUUCUAACCUCUAGGGAUGUUAAAUGACCCCACAGAGAGGAUGGGGUCCUCUUUGGUUUGAUGGAGAGAGGUGGGCACCAGGGUAAGUCGCUGCCUACAUCACCACUGGUGUUUUGUCUCAGCAGCUGGUGUAAAUUUCUGCCACGUGGGGUAUUUCUGUAGUAAGCAAAGAAGCUCUGCUGGUGGGCAGCUUGUCUCCUCCCAGUGCAAAAAGCAACAUGCAACGCAUGCACCCUGCUAUCCACAUGGCCAUCUCUCUCCAUCAGCUGUUGAAGGAGAAAUCUGUGCUCAGAAGAGAUGAAACUGGGUUGAGUUUUGGCUUGGGAAGAUGAUCUGAUUCCAACCAGAGUCCAGGAGACUUUGGGGAAUGCAAGAGUCCUAUGGGAGAAUGGAUAACCCUUCAUCCAAAAGGAAGCUGGCACGAAGCUCUGGGGUGAAAAUCCAUAACACCACGUGGUUUUAAGGUUUGGGGUGACUUACAUUCUGCAGCUCUGCUUCUAGCAAGGCACUGGGAGCCCUAAACCCAUGGAGAAGUCAAGCCUGUGCUUGAGAUCGUUGUUGGCCCAGCUGCAAUGGGAGGUGGGCAAUGAUGGACAUCACUGAAGCCAUCCCAAGCUUUGGGGAACUUUGGUUUUCACCUUUCGCUGCACUUUAAUAGGAUUUCUUGUCAAUGUCUGCGUGUUCUUGGCCACCUGUUUAAAAAAAUAA